GCGCGCGCGCUGGAGGGGUCUGCGGAGCGGGGCUCCGGGCGGCCGCUCCACGGGAUGGGGCAGCGGUUCCAGGUGCUGAGGUGCUUCUCCUGCGGCACCUUCCAGGUCCAGCAGGUUAAAAAGAGCAGAAAAUGGAGCUGCAAAGUGUGUGGUGAGAAGCAGAUGCUGCUAAAGGCCUAUGGCCAAGGCUCUGGGUCUGACUGUAGACGCCAUGUCCAAAAAUUAAACUUGCUGCGGGCUGGGACGGAGGUGGCAGCUGAGGGAACAUCUUGGUGUAUACAGGAACCAGUGAAUAAUGACAAAGAGAACACAGGAGUUCCACAGGAAGAAAAUGUGGGCGGGCAGGAAGAAGACGUGGAAUUCAGUCCCUUGGUCAGCCGGUGGAAUAAGUAUCUGCACAAGGACAGUGAAGAUCAGGAGGAGGAGGUGUAUACAGACAGAGAGCAGAUGUACUCCCAUAAAAGGAACAUUGUGGAAGAACAAAGGAAACGCAAGACCAGCUUCUGCCACAACGAUGCUCAGGAGUGCUUUGAGGAAAAGGGAAUUUAUGGGCUCACUGGCCAAGCCAAGAAAGUCAAAACCUUUGAGAGCAGGAAAGAUUCAACAACGGUAGCUGACCAGGACGGUGGAGAUUAUAUAUGUAACAGCGUUGUGGUUCCUGCUAUCAAUGAGUUUUGGGUACCUGAGAAUACACAAGCUCCAGAGUCAGCUAAUGUCACCAUGUCCAAGUGGGAAAAAUUUCUCCCGUCUCCCAGCAGCUGUCAUAAUGGUAACAUAACUCCUGCAGCACAGAAGAGCAGUUGGAAGUUAGAUACACAGAGGGCCUCUGCAGGAAACUUUCUAAUGCCUCAUGGAUAUCCACAGCAGGAGGAAGAUUCUGAAUCUCCAGGCCCAGGUGCCCAAACUGAAAAGAGCUUCACCAACAGUAAGCAAACAGCACAGAAAUAUGCCUCAAAGCUUCAUAGCACCACACUGGCUGCCGGGGGGCAGACUGCCUUUGAUGUCAGCCAUGCAGUUAUUGGGGGCGUGCUUUCUGGAAAAUAUAAAGACUGCCUGAGUAGGGCAGGGUCUGGUGUUGCAGAGAACCAUGAAGGCAGCUUAUGCUUGGCAGGCACUGUGAUGCCAGCAAACUGUCUAUCCAAGGAUGCUGUGACCUUUAGUUCUACAGAUCCUUUUGCUAGCUCUAGUGGGGUGUCUCAGCGUCUUACUGCUCCAAGUACCAGCUUCUUUUGCACAGAUGAUGAUUUUGAUGAUCUUUGAAAAGUU